CCCCCUUUCCAAUUCCCUGUGCUUCCCCAUCACUCUAUAACUCCCAUUUUUGUUGCCGCGAUAUCAGGAGGAGGCUCCGAGAUCCAUCCAGAGGUCAGCAGCAGGAAGGAGCAUUGAACUUCACGUUCACUUCAUUGCCCAGAUCCGCCAAUCCUCUAUGUGACAGGAAAUACCUUUUCUAUUAUCUGCUUUAUCUAUGUUUGGAGGCCUUGCAACCCCAGCUGCCGGUAGCCCACACUUAAGGAAGUCGGGUAGCAGAGCUGUGGUAUCUGAUAUUGGUGGUGAGCUGGGAAAUGGUUUGGAGGACAGUCCUGUGAACUCCCCUGAGGCAGAGCAAAUGAAGACAAUGAAUCCUGCUGCAAUUAUGCCUUCACCUAUUGUACUGUGGAGAUUUAAGGUUUUAUUAUUCUUUGCCUGGGGCUUCAUCUGUUGUAAGAUCGGAUGGGAUUCAGUCAUGAGGAUGAGCGCAGAUUUGCGAGACCUGUUUUUGUAUGAGGCAUUUUUAUACUAUAAUCCUCUUCUCCUUGUGACUUUGAUGGUCUGGCUUUGGGGGAUCAAUUUAUGGGUUUUUGCCCAGUCAAAUAUUGGUUAUGCAAAAAUUUUUGAUCUUGAUCAGAAUCAUCUUACCCAUAGAGAAAUAUGGAAGUGUGCAACAUGGAUGACCAUUGUAGUCCCGACUAGUAUGACAGCAUAUCUUUAUCUUUAUUCUCAUGGAGAAGUGUCAUUGGCUGCUUCACAACCAGUUCUCUUAUACACUGCUGUUGCUUUAAUUUUGAUUUUUCCUUUUGACAUCUUCUAUCUAUCAACUCGCUUUUAUUUGUUGAGGACUCUUUGGCGGAUAGUUUUCCCUCUUCAGGCAAUAAGCUUCUGCGACUUUUUCUUGGCCGAUAUUUUGACUUCAAUGUCAAAGGUCUUCUCUGAUCUGGAACGCUCAGUGUGUCGAAUGGUUCACCGACAGGUGGCCACUAUUGCAUGGUUUGAAGCUGAUUCAGUCUGCGGCAGUCACUCAGUUGCAAUCCCUUUAGUUCUUGUAUUGCCUUACCUCUUCCGUUUGUUCCAAUGCCUCCGACAAUACAAGGAUACUGGAGAAAGGACAACACUCUUAAAUGCAUUGAAAUAUUCGACGGCAGUACCAGUUAUUUUUCUUUCAGCCCUCAAAUAUCACGUGUUCCCGGAGAAGUGGACAAGCUUUUAUCGGCCUCUCUGGCUUCUCUCAAGUGUUUUGAAUUCUUUGUACUCAUUUUACUGGGACAUUACCCGGGAUUGGGACUUGAGUUGUUUCACAAGGAUAUUCAAAUUCACAAAGCCGAGUAUCGCCUCUUAUCUCUUAUAUGGACGAAGAUGGGUUUUCCUUUGGGUGAUUGGGAGCAAUCUGAUAUUGCGGUGCACAUGGACGUACAAGCUGUCAGCCCACCUUCGGCAUAAUUAUUUGACUCUCUUCACAAUUACGGCGCUCGAGAUUUUCCGAAGAUUUCAGUGGGCUUUCUUCCGUGUGGAGAACGAGUGGAACAAGACGAACUCCAGGACCAACAUUCAGCUUGCAUCCCUGAGCGAUAUCAAUAGCGAGGAGGACAAAUUGCUUCCAUCCGAUCACAAUGUAUAGUGACUUGCACUGCACUCAAAAUUACUUUUCACGAAGGAGGGAGCAUCAUUGAGACUCAAACCUCGAGAGUAUCUUCCUUUGCGGGAUUUCCAUAGUUUCUACGACUUCCUCAAUUCUUUUGUUCAUAACAAUAGCGAUAUACGAUACUGUCAGCAGCUCAUUCUGUUAAAGAGUUGAUACAUUUUGUUUCCCUCAUAUUUAAGUUGUUUUCGUACGAUCCUGCGUCUUCUCUUAAGUAAAACAAAGGGUUCUCCCCUUACUUGGGUA